UUUUAUUACACAAAUAUACACAUUAAAUUAAUUAAUAAUCGAUUCGAUAAUUCAAUCAAACUUUUGUUUAUCAAUCGAAUCAAAAAUGAAUGAAACGAAUGAAUCAAAUUCGAUGGAUCAUGACGUUGUAUUAUUAUCCAAUGGUAAUAAUGGCCUAGAUUGUCAUUGUAAAAUUCCUGAUUGUAAUUCAUUAAUAUUUCGUGCUGAUACGGCACCAUUAUAUAAAGAAGAGCGUAAAUUACCAUUAGGCGAUCGUAUGGAUACUAUAUCAUCAUUUUGGCGUCUAGACGAUGUAUUUAAAUUUGAAAAUGUAACAUUUACAAAAGAAACCCAAACUGAACAAGGGAAAAUUAAAUAUCUAGCUUGUUGUGAUUGUGAAUACGGACCAAUUGGUUAUCAAAAUCUUGAAAAUCAAAUCUGUUAUGUGGCAAUAGAUCGAGUGAAAUAUUGUCAACCGAAAAUUGAUGGCAAUUCAAAUAGCUAGGAAUUUGAAUAUUAAAAUUUAAUUGAAAUACUUGAAAAAGUCAACUAUUUUCAUUUUUUUU